ACUUAACCUUUAAAUUGUUCAUUAGGAAAGUCAAUCGAUUUUUGCCAAUGAAUUUGAUUACCAAUUUUUGCUGGCAGCAUUGAGCAGUCCCGUUUGGGUCCUGAGGUUAGUGUGUCAUGUGAGGCUUUGCGCAUGCCAGUGAUUAGAGCAAGAGAGAGAGAGUUCACGGCUCCACUCAGGUUUGGUUGCUGAAUCAAUAAUAUUAACAAGUGUCGCAAAUUGGAUUCUCUUGUGUGUCAUUAGAUCCAGUUUGCCUCCGUCAGAGCGCCUCAUGUGGUCGAAUGGAAAACUUGCAUGACGUCGCUGUGCGCGUGCAGAGCGUGCUCGUGCUGGGCGCUUGACUCGCCUGCCUGCCUGCCUGCCUGUCAUCAUCAUCAUCGGCAUCGGGACGGGAGGGAGGAGGAGGAAACUCCUCCUUGGCAGCAGACAGCGCGGUUUGUCGCCUCUCCGGCGCAAUGGUCUCCUGGAUCAUCUCCAGACUUGUGGUACUGGUUUUUGGUACGCUAUAUCCCGCCUACUCGUCAUAUAAAGCCGUCAAGUCAAAAGAUGUAAAAGAAUAUGUGAAAUGGAUGAUGUAUUGGAUUAUAUUUGCCCUAUUCACAUCUGUAGAAGUAUUUACAGAUAUGUUUCUAUGCUGGCUUCCUUUCUACUAUGAACUGAAGAUAGCCUUUGUGGUGUGGUUAUUGUCGCCUUACACUAAAGGCUCCAGUGUGCUCUACAGGAAAUUUGUUCAUCCCACUCUUUCCUCUAAAGAAAAGGAUAUUGACGACUACAUCCACCAAGCCAAGGACAAAAGUUACGACACGCUGGUGCAUUAUGGGAGAAAGGGGCUUAACGUGGCCGCCACCGCUGCAGUCAUGGCUGCGACAAAGGGCCAAGGAGUUCUGACGGACAGGUUGAGAAGUUUCAGCAUGCAAGAUCUCGCGGCGUACGAGUCGGACACAGCCGCUUCCACACAGCCGACGAGAGCAGAAGCGGCGGCUCAGCACCGGGCCCGGACCAUGAUGCGAAGCAAGUCUGAGAGCUACAAUAAAGGUGAAUAUUUUGACAUGACAGACUUUGAGGUGUUGGCAUUAGACCAAAGAGAGCCAGAGGAGUCGCUGACACCUGAUCCCUCCCCACCCUCCACGCCGUCUCCCGCUCCUCCGGCUUCAGAGGAGCCUGCAGAGGGAGCGGGAGGCGCGCAGGGGGCUCCCAACUCUCCUCAGCUCGGGCUCAUGAAAAGAAAAGCUCCCGAGCCUCCUCUUAGAGUCUUAAGGCCUCUGACCAGAUCCAGGAGCGCCGCGUGUUCAAGCACUGAAGCCAUGUGAGCGCGUGGGCGGGCCUCGUACUUCGACGCCUCCGGCAUCCUCCGGCUUGCUGCGGCACGUAAAUUUUUUUGGGGUGGGGUGGGGGAAGGAGGAACCUUACGUGACUGAAGCGGCUUUGCUUUGGAAUUCGGUAUUACCAAAGUCACCUGUGACGGCCUGUCUAUAUGAAAGAGUUACAGUGAGGACAACGAGCGCGAGAUCUAUGCCGAUCAAACAGGCGUUAUUCUAUGUACAGUGUGUAUUUUUUUCCCCCUCCGUCAAGUGUGAUUGGGCACUCGCAUGUGUGUCUGGCCACGCGUUAUUAGUUGUUGUGCUCCAGAAUGUACUGCAGCUUGCUUGUGAACAAUAAGUGUCCGUCGCACGGCUGCCGCGGUGAACGUUUUAAAAGCGGAAAAAUCGGACGCAAGUCCAAAAAAACGCAACUUCUUGAAAAGUCGAGCAGCCGUGUUGACCUCUGUUAAAGCCUUAAUAAAAAGAGACGGUGAAGUCUCACGUGGCGAUAAGUACAGUAACUGGGACAGAUGAGUCAUCUCAUGAUUGAAGUGUCUUAAGAUUUUGUCAGUCAGUUUUAGCUUGGAGUUCAUGGAGAAAUAUGGCAUCACAGCUGUAAAAUGAAGGCUUUUUGGAAAACUGAGACACGGACUGUCCGAAUACUUCUGGGCAUAACGGCAGUAUUUUUUUAGCUAUUGUGUUCAUGAAUGCAUUUUGCACUAUGUUAUGGGCCGCCGUUUGUAAAGCAGCACAUGCUCAAAAUUACGACAACAUUUUCUCACAUUUAGCGCCAGACAGUGUUUAAAACGUGGUGUGAAAUUUUUAGUCACUUUUUUUGCACAUUUACAACAUUAGCAACUUAAAUAUUUUUAAACAAGAAGUUUUGGACCUGAUUGUUUAAAUCCAGAACUAAAUAUUUAAUUUAAAUCUAAAUUUAAAUCUGGAGACCGGAAGUAACACAAUAAAAGCUGGAACACACAAAAUACUCUUUAUAUAGUUUCUCCUAAAUAUAUAUUUUACCUAUGUAUUGUUAUUAUCACGAUGACUCAUGUCCAAGAGCAGACUGCCACCGUUGAGUUGAUUUUAUUCAUUUUCAGACAACGUAAACAGACAAUCUAAGCUGCUCCACCAGCUUUUAUUGUGUUACUUCCGGUCUCCAGUCAUGCGAAUUUGCAUAUUAAGCUAAAUAUUUAGUUCUGAUCGUUUCCUGAUUUAACAUUUAGGAUAUAGGAUAUAAGUUUAAGAUUUAAAUUAAAUAUUUAGUUCUGGAUUUAAACAAUCAGGUCCAAAACUUCUUAUUUAAAAAUAAAUAUUUAAGUUGCUAAAUAAUGUUGUAAGUGUGCAAAAAAAAAAAAAUAAAAAAAAAAAAAGACAAAAAAUUUCACACCCUUUUAAACACUGUGUGGCACUAAACGUGAGAAAAUGUAAUUUUGAGCAUGUAUUGCUUUAGAAACGGCACCCCAUACUAUGUAAUAGAUUUAAAUCACAUUCACUCACUUCUACAAAUGGACCCCUCCCAAAAAAAUAUACGGAAGCGCAGAGCUGUGUACUCAGUAGUGAGUAAUCUAAUUACUUUUCUCAUCUUUGCAACGCCGUUACCGUUACUGCUGAGCCUUGUAGCUGCAAGCGAGGGAUUUUUCCCUGCAUGUAUGGUACAUAAAAAAUAGCUAAUACCAUAUGGACGGUAUGACGGAAAAUUUUUGCAGUUUUGAAACCAUGACGUUUUCAUACCACGUUAUCCAUUGAAACCAGUUAUUGGCACAUGCCUAGUUCAGAUAAUUAUAUUAAUUAUAUAAUAAGAUCAUUAAUCAUUAUUUGUAAAUAGUCAACCUUUUGGAAUUCAUGUAAGCCAUAUAUUGCCAAAAAAAAUACUUUUUUUUUCCUCAAGAUGCUGUCCAUUUCUGCUAAAAUUGGCUACAUCCUUAAAUGGAUCACUCAAUUCUGCCCCUGAAAUAAAAUUAUUCAUCAAUAUAAUGUAAUGAGAAUUUCGUUCAGUAUUUGUUAUCUAAAAAAAAGAAGAAAAAAAAAAAAGUGACUUAUUCUUUUAUUUUCAGAGGAUGACAAAAUGGCACAUCAAAAUCAGCUUUCCUGUGUGCAUCAAACUUGAAACUCCAAAGCAGGGGUCCCCAAACUUUUUCCUGUGAGGGCCACAUAACUUUUCCCUUCUCGGAUGAGGGGCCGGGUCAGUUUGUAACAGAAAAAGUGUGACGAUUGCAGGAGUGCCUAAAUGUAAAAAUUUAUUGUUUUUCAGAAAGCCACAAUCAAAUAACCCUUUCUGAAUUCUUCACGGAACAAAGUAAAUAAAAUAAUAAAUAUAUAUAUAAUAUAACAUAUAAUAUAAUAUACAGUGGGGAGAACAAGUAUUUGAUACACUGCCAAUGGGUUUUCCCAUUGACUGUGUAUCAAAUACUUGUUCUCCCCACUGUAUAUAGGGCUGUCAAAAUUAUCGCGUUAACGGGCGGUAAUUAAUUUUUUAAAUUAAUCUUGUUAAAAUAUUUGACUCAUUUAACGCACACAGAUUAAAAUGUCAGCACAGUGUCAUGUUCAUUUGUUACUUGUGUUUUUUGGUGUUUUGUCACCCUCUGCUGGCACUUGGGUGCGACUGAUUUUAUGGGUUUCAGCACCAUGAGCAUUGUGUAAUUAUUGACAUCAACAAUGGCAAGCUACUAGUUUAUUUUUUGUUAUAAAAUUUUACAAAUUUUAUUAAAACGAAAACAUUAAGAGGGGUUGUAAUAUAACAUUUCUAUAACUUGUACUAACAUUUAUCUUUUAAGAACUACAAGUCUUUCUAUCCAUGGAUCGCUUUAACAGAAUGUUAAUCAUGUUAAUGCCAUCUUGUUGAUUUAUUAUAAUAAACAAAUACAGUACUUAUGUACAGUAUGUAGAAUGUAUAUAUCUGUCUUGUGUCUUAUCUUUCCAAGGUGGAAAAGCGCUAUAUAACUAUAACACCAUUUCCCAUUUCCCAUUCCAACAAUAAUUUACAGAAAAAUAUGGCAUAUUUUAUAGAUGGUUUGAAUUGCGAUUAAUUACAAUUAAUUAAUUUUUAAGGCGUGAUUAACUCGAUUAAAAAUUUUAAUCGUUUGACAGCCCAAAAUAUAAUAUAAUAUAAUAUAAUAUAAUAUAAUAUAAUAUAAUAUAAUAAUAAUAACACUAUUAAUUAAAUAGAUAAUAACCAAAUAACCCUCUCUAGGUUUCCCCACAGAGAAAAAGCCAGGAAAUAAAUAACACUAUUGAAAAAAAAAAAAAAAAAAAUUGUUCAGGGGGCCGGACCAAGUGUGGAGGCGGACCGUAUCCGGCCCGCGGGCAAUAGUUUGGGGACCCCUGCUCCAAAGGAAAGAUGCAUUGAAAGGCCCUGCAGUUUUAGUUCUUGCCAGUAGAGGUCACUGGUAAUGAAGCUUCAUGUACAGAACCUAUUUUCAAAGCAAAUUGCCCAAGUGGUUCAAAGGUUCUCAAAGGCUUCAUUGGACUCAGCAGGUGCAGGAAAAAUGUUGCGUUUAAGGAACACGGAAAGUCAGAUUUAUUCCACUCAGAUGGUACCAGUUGCGACCUCAAAGCUUUCCAAGUGAAUGUUAACAACAAAGAUGGUUGAUCGUAACAAGUUGUUUAUUUUGGCCAUUAAAAACCUCCAUCAAACCUGCCUUCUCGUAAACGUUCAAGUAGAGGAGGAAAAAAUAACGGCUGCGAUAAAUAGCAUACACUUUAAACUGCCUACUUUCGUUACAUCCUUGCUGAAAGUCUAUGGCGGAAAACACAGACGAGACUGAAAAAGCAGUUUCUGCUCUUGCACUCCUCUUUAAAAGAAACUGCUGUAUUUUAAGCCAAAACAACUGUUGUUUGGCAGAUCAAUAUGUCUAUAUGCUGCAAUGGCAGAUUCAUGGCGCAUUAAGUCCCCAAAUUAUUUUUGAUUUGUCCGUUUUACCCUGAAAACCCCCGUUUACAGACGUCGCGCAACCGCUUUUGUUUCAACCUAGCUAUAAAAAGAAGGUAAUUAAUUAUAUUAUUCAAAAUGUCUGUCAUUUUUAGCUUAGAAUCAUUAACUGAUGUCUAAUAUUUAGUUUAAAAAAAAAAAAAAAAGUCUUUAAAAAAUUAUU